UUUGAGCGAUAAGAAAUUGUAAACGUCAAGAUAUUUGAGAAAUUGAUAAUUGCGAAUUGUUGUUUGUUGUCAGCGAGUGAACAGUGCAGUUCGGUUUGUUUUGGUGGUGAUUUGGUUGUCGGUGUACGAAGUUGUCAUUUACAUAACUGAUUGGAGGAAGUAUCCUUACACAUCCUAGAAGUGGUAAAAGUUAGUAUACAGCAAAUACAUAAGUAAAACAAAAUAUCAAGAUGGCUCAACCAAACAAAACUCUGGUCGGUAAAUUGAUGAACCAAUUGAAGAGUAAAGAGUUCCGCCAAUACCUGAUGAGCACUCAUUUCUGGGGUCCUGUGGCUAAUUGGGGUAUUCCACUGGCAGCAAUUGCAGAUUUCAAGAAGGAGCCAAAAUUCAUUUCAGGAAAAAUGACACUUGCUCUCACACUGUAUUCUUGCGUGUUUAUGCGAUUUGCUUGGAAGGUACAACCAAGGAAUUUACUCCUAUUCGCUUGCCACUUCACAAACGCCACUGCCCAAUCAAUACAAGGAAUACGAUUCAUCAAUUAUGAAUUUUUAGAGAAGAAGAACGCGGCGUAAACGCAUAUUGCAAACUACAUACAUAUAUACGUAUUGGUGCUUUUCCAUGAGCUGCUGUUAAAAUAAAGUCAACUACUUAUAUACAAAUGUAUACAAAUUAGCGAAAAUUGGAAGAUAAUGAGGCUAAGAAAAGCGCGGCUCAUGCACUUAAUAAGAAUUUAUGAAAUUAAAUAUUGAAACAACAAUCAAUACGCUACUUUACUUCGUGACACUUGUGAUCGUGCAAAUAUUUCAUAAGCUGUUUUGUAAAUAAGUAGUUAUGCAAAUUUUGCAUAUUUAUCUAAAAGACCUAAUUAACAAAUUCAAUAUUAGCAAUAAAUACAUAAAACAAAUAUUUA